CCCGUGCCCCCCUCCCUCCUUAUUCUCCACACGCCACUACCUCUCACUCUCACUCAUUCGCUCUCCCUCCCUCAUACCUUUCCCUCCCGCCCUCCGUCUCUCACUCGACUUGACCGUGCGUGCGCGCGUGAUCGCUGACUGACGCCGGAGAAAAAGCCAUGUCAAGUAACUGAUCCUGUCGCUGACGUCUGGGCUGCGCUGCCCCGCCGCGCAGUGUUCGGAAGGGGCGCUCCUUCAGUGUCGUCGGGGAUUUCAAAGCAAGGACCCACACCUCGAAAACGCCACCUCGGACACUCCCCCCUCAUCCCCUCGCCCCCUCCCGUGUGUUUAUCGUGUACCAACCGUGUGUGAGCGCAGCAUGAGAGCACGGCCGAGGACCUAGCUUGCAACGAGAGAGCAGCUCUGCAGGACCUGAGGAUCUUAGCAUACGUUACACCUGAGUCCCCCGAGUCCUGUUGAUAGAACUUGCGGCCAGGACUCCACCGCCUCCGCUGCCGGACGUACGAACGUUUCGCGGUGUGGAUAGUGUCGUACAACCUCUUAUCAGUAAAGGAGCUACACUGCCUGGUUGUCUCCCAGGCCAAGAGCAGAUAAUAGUCGACCUAAGGACUCUUAUCAGAGAACCGCCAAGAUGCCCGUCGAUCUCCGUGCCAUCUUCGGCAACGUCUUGCACCUCUUCAAGAGCCGCGCCAACCAGAUCUGCGCGGCGUCUUGCGAUGGGCUCGUCCUGCGGAUGCACUACAGGUGGACCUUCUGCCUGCUCAUGGGGAUGUUCCUGACCGUGUGGUACUCAUGGUAUUAUCGUGACGUCAUCAGCUGCGUCUCGCACUUCAACGCCGAAACGCAAGUCCGACUCGACUACAUCAACAUCUGCCUCUCGUACCCCUACGUGGAGGACAGCGGGUCGAGGCGCUACCUGCUCUUCUACCGGUGGAUCUCGUGGUCGCUGCUGGUGCUCGCCUUCAUCUACUACAUCCCGAGGAAGAUGUCCAAGAACCUGGACAACUCCAAGUGCAAGAAGCUCCUCGAAGACCUGGCGGCCAACUCGAGUCGCUACGACCAGGCGGAGCGCGAGCUGGUGGACCGCGCCUCCGGCUACAUCCUGUUCAACCUCAAGACGCACAACGGCCUCUACUGGAAGUUCCUCGCCGUCAACAUCGUGGCGCUGUUCGUGGACGUGUUCGCCAUGCAGUACCUGGACUUCAUCCUGCAGGGCCGCUUCAUCCAGUACGGCUUCAACUCGUACCCGUUCAACAGGGACCCGCGCAACUUCACCGACUACAUGUCCCAGACGUUCCCGCCGUUCGCGUCGUGCGAGCUCUCCAUCGAGAACCAGCUGACCAACCGGCGCACGGAGAAGCUCGGUUGCCACCUCACCAUCAUGGAGCUCUACGAGAAGGUGUUCCUCGGCCUGUGGCUCUGGCUCAUCCUGCUCACGCUCACCACCUGCUGCUACCUGAUCUUCCUGGGCCUCAUGUGGCUGCCGCGGAUGCAGCAGUACCUCCUGCGCACGGCCAAGCCGGGCCACACCAACAGCAAGAUGGGCAGCGUCAUCGAGGACGCGAUCAAGAACUGCAAGAUCGGCGACGUGUACCUGCUGUACCGCGUGAAGCAGCACCUGAGCCACGCGCGCUUCUACGAGCUGCUGGCGCGCGUGUCGAGCCCCAACCCGUACGCCAAGCCGGUGCCCGGCGCCCCCGAGCUCGAGAAGGGCAAGGGCGGCCCGCCGGACAUGGGCAAGCAGCAGCAAAUGCCCGACACCCUCCGCAACCGCGCGCCCGCCAUGCCGCAGGCGCCGCCCAUGAACCAGAACUUCUACCACCAGCUGCUGGCCAACCCCAUGAUGGCCCGGCCGCCGCACCCGCAGGCCAUGCCGCCCGGCCCGCAGGCCAUGCCGCAGCCGCAGCCCAACAACAAGGACGCCACCAAAAUCUUAGUCGACUAGUCACCGUGGAGGUCUUGCUAGCCCGUGGGUUGUGCCAUACCUUAGACAGAAACAAAAAAAAAAAAUGAAAAUAGAAAAUAGCACUACUUAAAACUCAUAGAAAACUUAAAGACAAACGCAAGGUGUCGGUAACAGCAAGAAUCCUAGUCAUCAGGUGCAGCGAUUCGUCCCCAACGCCUCCCAAGAUUUCUCUCAUCUUGCCAACGGAGUGUGCACCUGAAUUUCUUUAUAUUGUGUGUGAUAUUUAGGUUUCAAUGAUAGUCUUUCGGAAAAGGAAAGACGGAAUGACGUGUAGGCUUGCUAGCGACGCGGCUGCCAAGACAUAGGGCUUUGUGGAUCUGACGAAGGGAGGGGCCCAGCCGGUACCCAGUUAUAUAGGCCUAUAGUAUUGUUUUUUUCAAUUCCUUUUUGUUUAGGUUUUAAAGCAAUUUUUGAGACUUUUCAUUCGUCCUAUUUAAAUAUUCUCUCUUAACGAUGUAUCCAGUUUAAGUCUCGUUUUAUUUUUUUUUAUUCAUAUUUUGUGAACCUACAGUAUAUGUACGCAUUUGAAGCCAGGUUUGGGAGAAGCUUUAUAUAUAUAUAUAU